UUAGUUUGAAGACUAACGAUCUCAUGUUUAAACUUUAAUAACACAUUAUUUUUGUGUGUGAGAGAAUAUCAUUCCCCUUCCUGAUUUGGCCAACAAAAAAAUUGACACUUCGUAUGGACUGACUCUGCUAGAAUCCAAAUAGAAAUCUUCUUAAACACUCAACCCGCAUUCAAAAUCCAAAAACCCACACAAAAGAAAUGGCAUUGUCAACUCAUCUCCUAUUAAACAUCAAAGCUCCUCCAGUUCCUUCCUUAUUAAAAUCCCACCGCUCCUCCUCCUCCAUUCUCCCCAGAAAUUUCCUAAUUCCAAGCCCUUGCCACAGGAAACCCAUAAAGGAGAUCAUGAUGAAGCCUCAAGCAGCCAGUGUGCAGAGUGCAGUAUCAGAGGUAAUGAGCCUGAUCCAAUCAUCACCUCCCACGUGGCAGUCCGCCAUCCUAAGCAACCUCUUGAUCUUUCUAUUGGGUUCUCCGAUUUUGGUCUCUGGGCUCUCAGUCUCUGGCAUUGCAGCUGCUUUCUUGCUUGGUACUCUCACUUGGCGCGCUUUUGGGUCUUCUGGGUUUCUCUUGGUGGCCACAUACUUCGUCAUUGGCACGGCAGUCACAAAGGUGAGAAUGGCACAAAAGGAGGCUGAGGGGGUAGCUGAGAAGAGGAAAGGACGGAGAGGCCCAGGAAGUGUUAUUGGAUCCAGUGCUGCUGGUUGUAUUUGUGCUUUUCUUGCAAUAUUUGGAGCAGGAGGAAUUGGAUAUUCUCGGCUUUGGCAACUUGGGUUUGUUGCCAGCUUCUGUACUAAGUUGAGUGACACUGUCUCAAGUGAGAUAGGAAAGGCAUAUGGCAAAACAACGUACUUAGUUACAACAUUGAAGGUAGUUCCAAGGGGAACAGAGGGGGCUGUAAGUGUCGAGGGAACCUUUGCUGGACUUUUGGCCGCUAUUCUUCUUGCAUUUGUUGGUGGUCUCAUGGGUGAGAUAACUGCCCCUGAAGCAAUUAUAUGCGUAAUAGCUUCCCAAAUAGCUAAUUUUGGUGAGAGCAUUAUAGGUGCUGCUCUUCAAGACAAGGAAGGAUUUCGAUGGCUCAACAAUGAUGCUGUGAAUGUCAUAAACAUUUCCAUGGGCAGCAUUUUAGCAGUCUUCAUGCAGCAGGUUUUACUCCAGAACCUGCGUAUGUAAAUUCACGAAGGUUGAGAUGCUUCUCCUCCUAAGUGCCAACCAGCUGUGCUAACAAAAUCAAACAUGAUGCAUGUGUUUUACACUGGUGACUGAAACUAGACCAUUGCACUCUACAUGGGAGCCAGAUUACAAUUUCAGCUCCUCUUAUGGAAACAUCAUUCCUUUGCACGUCUGAGGUUCAAUAUUUUUGCCCUCCAAUUUCUGGUUGACAACUGAAGAAGCUACAUUUAAUUACUCAAUAUAUGUAUAACGAUGAAGAGAUUGCGAUACGCUCAUUCAAAGUUAUUCCGAAAUUAUUUUGGUGAACUAUUUUCAUCAAAAUGGUAAUUAAAAAAAAAUGUAUAUACCAUGGAAAUUAAUUUUAAGUAGUGACAAAGGGGAUUAUUUUGCUAUGUUCCAUGAAGAACAUCAUUUCUUUUUGAAA